CACCGCCUGCCCGCCCCUAGUCUGGUACUGGAGAAACUAAAGAGGGACGGAUCGUUGUGCGGCUCAGUAUUGUUCACCGUGUGCCCGCGAAUAGGCUUGACAAGUAACCGGUGCGGAGAUGGAGUGCGGGGAAGCGGAGUUUAAUAUCUUGCUGGCGACCGAUUCGUACAAGGUCACACAUUACAAGCAAUAUCCACCAAACACAAGCAAAGUAUAUUCUUACUUUGAGUGUCGGGAAACGAAGACGGAAAAUGCUAAAUUACGAAAAGUGAAAUAUGAAGAGACGGUCUUCUAUGGAUUGCAGUAUAUUCUGAAGAAAUAUUUAAAAGGGAAGGUUGUAACCAAAGAGAAAAUUCAAGAAGCCAAAGAGGUCUAUCGAGAACACUUCCAAGACGAUGUUUUUAAUGAGAAGGGAUGGAAUUACAUUCUUGAGAAAUAUGAUGGUCAUCUACCAAUUGAGGUGAAGGCUGUUCCUGAAGGAAGUGUUAUUCCCAGAGGAAAUGUACUAUUUACAGUGGAGAAUACAGAUCCCGAAUGCUACUGGCUCACAAACUGGAUUGAGACCAUCUUGGUUCAAACAUGGUAUCCGAUCACCGUGGCUACAAAUUCAAGAGAACAGAAGAAAAUUCUUGCAAAGUAUUUACUGGAAACAUCUGGUAGCUUGACAGGCUUGGAAUAUAAACUGCAUGACUUUGGCUACAGAGGAGUCUCUUCACAGGAGACUGCAGGCAUUGGUGCUUCUGCUCACCUUGUGAAUUUUAAAGGAACAGAUACAGUGGCCGGUAUUGGAUUAAUAAAACGAUAUUAUGGAACAAAGGAUCCAGUUCCAGGAUUUUCGAUACCUGCUGCUGAACAUAGUACAAUAACGGCUUGGGGAAAAGACCGCGAGAAGGAUGCAUUUGAGCACAUUGUUACCCAAUUCUCCUCUGUGCCAGUUUCUGUUGUCAGUGAUAGCUAUGACAUUUACAACGCAUGUGAGAAAAUCUGGGGAGAAGAUUUAAGGAGUUUAAUUGAAUCAAGAAGUGCAGAUGCACCUUUAAUAAUCCGGCCUGAUUCUGGGGAUCCCCUUGAUACUGUAUUAAAGGUACUGGAUAUUUUAGGGAGGAAAUUUCCCAUACAGGAAAAUUCAAAAGGCUAUAAGGUUUUGCCACCUUACAUACGUGUAAUCCAGGGAGAUGGUGUAGAUAUCAACACUCUGCAGGAGAUUGUUGAAGGAAUGAAGAACCACAGGUGGAGUAUUGAAAACAUAUCAUUUGGGUCUGGUGGAGCUUUGCUACAGAAACUGACAAGAGAUCUUCUGAACUGUUCAUUUAAGUGCAGCUACGUUGUGACCAAUGGCCUGGGGGUAAAUGUGUUUAAAGAUCCAGUUGCUGAUCCCAAUAAAAGGUCGAAAAAAGGACGCUUGUCUUUGCACAUUACAUCCUCAAACAAAUAUGUGACACUUGAAGAAGGAAAGGGCGAUUUAGAGGAAUAUGGACCAGAUCUCCUCCACACAGUCUUUAAGAAUGGUAAAAUUGUUGCAUGUUACUCAUUUGAUGAUGUGAGAAGCAACGCUGGCCUAAAGAACCGAGAGCUGGAAGAAGAAAUUGAGUAAUUCUUGCCAUGUGUGUUGGUUUUU